AUGAGGUUAUUAACACCACUACUAUGCUUUGUCUCUUUCUUCGCUCCUCUGAUCACGGCCGAGCCUAUGCUCGUGUCGAGUUCGCUGAACCCAUGCUCCGAAGCCUCCGGUUUCAGUGCCAGUCUGUUCCAGGUCGUCUUCACCCCCAACAAUGGUACUGCUAGUAUCGACAUGGUUGCGACCAUCACGGUCGAGGGCAUGGUUGUCUUCGAUAUUUCCAUCACCGCCUACGGAUAUGAGAUCAUGCGGAAGACGAUCAAUCCUUGCGAGACCGACCUCAUUGGUCUUUGCCCCAUGAAGCGUGGAAAGCUCGCCAUUCCUCCCUUCAAUUUGCAGAUCGAGCAGAACGAUGUCAAGCAGAUUCCCGGCAUCGCUUACACCAUUCCCGACUUGGACGCCACCGUCAAGGUCUUCGUCAACAAGACUGACACCGGCGAGAGUGUUGCCUGUGUCCAGGCCGACGUUUCCAACGGAAAGACGGUCGACUUGCUCGGCGUCAAGUGGGCCACUGCCAUCAUUGCCGGUCUUGCUCUGAGCGCGUCUGCCGUUGUUUCUGGUCUUGGCCACUCGAACACCGCCGCUCACAUCGCCGCCAACGCUCUUUCCCUUUUCAGCUACUUCCAGGCUCAGGCUAUUCUCGGUCUUACCAGUGUUCAUCUUCCUCCAAUCGUCGCUGCUUGGGUCCAGAAUUUCAUGUGGUCUAUGGGUAUCAUUCGAGUCGGCUUCAUGCAGGACAUCUUCACCUGGUACCAGCGUGCCACCGGCGGCAAACCCGCGACCAUCUUUGAUACUCUCACCACCAUUUCCGUCCAAGUCCAGAAACGCUCCCUCGAGACCGCUGCCCAUGCUGUCAACCUGUUCAAGCGUGCCGAGGCCAUGCUUCCCCGCGCUAUCCAGCCCAGGAAUAACAUCCAGACGAGCGACGGCCGUUUUGUUGUCUUUGGUAUCCAGCGUGUCGCUUUCAGAGCCAAGAUUGAAACUACUAACCUUUUCAUGACGGGUCUUACUUUCUUCUGUCUCUUUGUCAUCUUGACUGUUCUCAGCGUCCUCGCCUUCAAGGGCGCCUGCGAGCUUGCGGCCAAGAAGCAGUGGAUGAAGAGCGACAAGUUCCUCGAGUUCCGGAACGGCUGGAAGACGGUGCUUAAGGGCAUCCUCUUCCGAACUGCCCUUAUCGGUUUCCCGCAGCUCACUAUUCUCUGCCUCUGGGAGUUUACUCAGAACGACUCGCCUGCCGAGAUCGUUCUAGCCGUCUUCUUCUUCUUUGGCGUCUGCAUUACUUUGGGUUGGGCCUCUAGCAAGGUCAUUCUCAUUGCGCGUCAGUCCGUCACAACCCACCGCAACCCGGCCUACAUCCUCUUCUCCAACCUCGAGGUUCUCAACAAGUGGGGUUUCCUCUACAUCCAGUACCGUGCCUCGGCCUAUUACUUCGUCGUACCCCUACUCGGAUACUUGCUCAUUAAGGGCAUGUUCGUCGCCUUCGCCCAGCGCGCCAACAUCGCUCAGGCGAUUGCUUUCAUUCUCAUCGAGGCCGCCGCCCUGAUCGCCUCCAGCGUUCUGCGACCCUGGAUGGACAAGCGAACCAAUUCGUUCAACAUUGCCAUCUGCGCCGUCAACUUCCUCAACGCCAUCUUCCUCCUCAUCUUCACCAACGUUUUCGGUGCUCCUCUUCUCGUCGUCGGUGUUGUCGGUGUUGUCCUCUUCAUCCUCAACGCGGCCUUCUCCCUCAUCCUUCUUCUCACGUUGAUUGUUUCCACCACUCUCGUGUUCUUCCGCAAGAACCCCGAUGCCAGGUAUCAGUUCAUGGCCGAUGACCGUGCCUCGUUCAUGAAGUCGCAGACUCAGUUGACCACCACCACCGAACUUGACGCUCUUGCGGCCACCGCCCGAGGAGACAAGCUUGGCUUCCAGUCGAAGCUAGACCUGGAUGAUGACAAUGCCUCGCUCUCGUCGGCUUCCCUCCAGCGCCGCGCGAACAACAUGGGCAUGCAACCCGUUGGUUCUCAGUUCUCGCUUCACAAUGAGAAGAGCAGUUAUCCUCCUCCUCAGUCGCCCGUUAACCCGUCUCUACCUCUGUUCCCUGGCAGCAACCAGAGCCCACCAGGUAUGAUGAACAGGCCCCAGAGCCCAUUCGCGGAGAGCUUCAGGAACAACAACAACGCCAGCCCUUCAGGAUUUAGGAGACAGAACAAUGCCAGCCCUUGGCAACGUGGCGCUGGCUAUGAUUAA